AUGCCAACCGCAUCCGCGGCCCGUGCUUUCGCCCUCGCGAACAACAUUUCUGCUAACCAGAUCCGCGACGAUUACGAGCGCCGCCGCGAGCAAGCCGCGAGAGAGGCCCAGAACUCCGCACCACAGACACCCGACGCUGGCUCCAGCUCGAACAACGACGCUCAAGAGGAGGUAGAGGCGGGCCCUUCUUCCGCGUCCACCAGGAAGCGCAAGGCUAGCGAGAUAGCUGCAGAGGCAAAGAACCUGGCCAAGAUCAAGAAGAGCAAGGCUUUCCAAAGGAGGAAGGCCCAGCGGAAGGCCCAGGCUGGAGACAGUGACUCGGACUACGACGACGCUCUUGCCAAAGACAUGUAUAAGAAAUCGCAGCCUCCGCCUGGCCAACUCGAGAAUUGCGAGGUCUGCAACAAGAGGUUCACCGUCACACCAUACAGCAAGACCGGCCCCGACGGAGGCCUGUUGUGCACACCCUGCGGCAAAGAGCUUGCUGCCGAGGCUGGCCCAUCGAAGAAGCAGAAGAAGCCCGCUGGUCAGACGCGCCGCCGCAAGCUCGAAAGUGAUCGCAUGGACGCGACAUACAAGCCUCAGGGAGCCAAGACACUUGAACAACUUUGCAUCGAGAAGGUCGCGAAGCACCACAAUGAUAUCGACGAAUUCGGUGACCUUCCCGAGAACGUUCUGGAGAGGAUUGCUGAGAUCUUCUCCAAGAAACGUGUUCUCACCCCGCGCACGCUGAAACUCUUCCUACGUUCCGACCUUGACAGCGUUGCCGUCCAUGACGCAGCAUACCUCGAGACUGAGGACUACAACGAGCUCUUCGCCAACGUUCCGCACAUUCAGAAAGUCAUCUUUCGAAAUGCCUGCCAGUUCAAGGACGAGAACGUCGAGUACAUGCUCGACAAGUGCAAGAAUAUCCAGUACCUGCAACUCUAUGCCUCGAACCUGGUCACCAACGACGUGUGGCACCAGCUCUUCAAGCGCCAGGGACAGAAGCUGCAGGAUGUCAAGCUCCAAUGGCUUGAUGCGGCAUUUGAUGACGAUGUUGUGAAGACUAUGGUCAAGUCUGCCCCCAAUCUCGUCCGCCUCAAACUGAAGCUUUGCCGCCGCAUCACCUCAAAGUCCAUCGAUUACAUUGCCAAACUCAAGAAUCUCCGUCACCUUUCGCUCCAGACGUCCGCAGAGGUUCCAAGUGAGCGUGUUGUGAACCUGGUUGGCUGCGUUGGUGAGGAAUUGGAGACACUCUCACUUGAGCACUUUCUGGAUGCGAAUGACGAUGUUCUUGACGCCAUUCACACUCAGUGCAGGAACCUUUGCAAGCUUCGCUUCUCCGAGAAUGACUACUGCUCCGACGGCGGCUUCGCUGCUCUGUUCACGGACUGGGCUAAUCCGCCGCUCCGCAUUGCCGACUUCAACAGUACUCGAGAUGUCGACAAUUCGAACCCCAAUGGGCCUGAGGAGGCCAUCGGCCUUGCGUCAGACGGCUUUCAAGCACUCAUGGACCACUCUGGUGAAAAGCUCCAGUCUUUGAACAUUGCCUCGUGCCGUCAUAUCUCACACACGGCCUUCAUGAACGUGUUCGAUGGCCAGAAAAUCUACCCAGAACUCAAGACCAUCGAUAUCUCCUUCUGCAACACUGUUGAUACAGUUGUUGUCGCUGGAAUAUUCAAAUCAUGCCCCAACCUGGAGCGCCUGGUCAGUUUCGGCAAUUUCAGCGUCGAAGGAGUCGUUGUUCCCAAGGGAAUCAUUCUCAUCGGCGUUCCGAAAGCUCUGGACACUAUCGAGCAAGCUGGCAUCACUGACUUCGACGUGGCGGUGGCGGCUUCGUUGAUGGAGCCUCUGGAGCAGGCUUCGAACAUGAUGGUCGACGUGGGUGCUUGA